AUGACACCAUCAGCAAUCAGCUCGCCUCGCGAAGGCAUUGAGACUUUCACCAAUGGAGUAUCAUCUCUCAACGGUCGAAUAUAUGGAACUCAUAUCAACGGCAAUACAAAUGGCCACACAGCAUCCACCAUACCACCCACCUCCUCAGAUGAAGUCCUCGACCUUCUUUGCGUAGGUUUCGGUCCAGCUUCACUAGCAAUAGCCAUAGCCCUCCACGACGCCAACAUAACCCCAGCCCCCAAAGCUCUCUUCCUCGAGAAACAACACCAGUUCGCAUGGCACGCAGGCAUGCAGCUCCCCGGAGCAAAAAUGCAGAUAUCAUUCUUGAAAGACCUGGCUACUCCUCGAGACCCCAGAUCGAAUUUUACGUUCUUGAAUUAUCUCUUUGAUCAGGGGAGACUGAAUCAGUUCAUCAACUUGGGUACUUUCCUCCCAUCUAGACUCGAGUAUGAGGACUAUCUUCGUUGGUGCGCCAAACACUUUGAGCGGGAGGGGAAGGUCGCUUAUGGGAUGGCUGUCGAGAGUGUUAAUAUUGCUGAGAAGAAUUCAAGGGGAAAAGUGGUAAGUUGGGACGUGACUGCUCGUUCAGAAGAUGGAAGUUUGGUUACGAGAAGAGCUCGCCAUGUUGUCAUUGCCGUUGGUGGACAACCUGUGAUUCCUCAAAAUUUGAGAGGUAUCAAGCAUGUCGCUCAUUCUUCACAAUUUGCCAACAUGAUCGGAAAAAUACAGGAGAGAGAAACUGGGAAGCAGCUACGCUUCGCUGUGAUUGGAAGUGGACAGAGUGCUGCUGAGAUCUUCAAUGAUCUGUGGUCGAGGUUCCCUGAAGCGAGUGUGAAACUCAUCAUCAAAGGCGCCAGUCUGAGACCCAGUGAUGAUAGUCCUUUCGUAAACGAAAUCUUCGAUCCCGACCGCGUAGACGGCAUCUACGCGCAACCCUCAUCUGAGCGAGCAGCAGCCCUCGCUCUCGACAGAGGUACCAACUACGGUGUAGUGCGACUUUCACUACUCGAGCACAUCUACGAGCAGUUGUAUAUGCAACGGCUCACCACAUCAUCCGAAUCCCAAUGGCGUGCUCGCAUCAUCCCCAAGCGGGCAGUGAUCUCAGCUACACAGUCGUCCAACUCCAGCGUUCUGCUGAAAGUAGCAGAUACCGCUGAGAGUAAACGAGUUGAUAUCGAAGACGAAGAGGUAGAGGUCGAUUACGUAUUUACUGCGACGGGAUAUGUGAGGGAUGCGCAUGAAGGGAUGUUAAGCGAGGUUAGGCAUUUGUUGCCUGCGAGUGGGAAAGGAGGGUGGGACGUUGGGAGGGAUUAUAGGAUUACGUUUGAGGAGGGGUGUGUAGACGAUAAGGCUGGUGUUUGGUUGCAGGGCUGUAAUGAGAAGACGCAUGGUUUGAGUGAUACUCUUCUUUCUAUAUUGGCGAUCAGAGGUGGAGAGUUGGUUGAAAGUAUAUUUGGGGAGGGUCAUGCCCGACCGUAA